AUGCACCAAGUGACCCCUCUGACCGCCUAUUCACGAAAUGACUGCAUCUUCACAGAGAAGGAUCCAGAAUUAGAUGGCUUCCGUGGGCUUCACGCUGCGCGCGUUGUCAUCUUUUUUUCAUUCAAGCACCAGCAGAUAACUUAUCCAUGCGCCCUCGUUGAAUGGUUUGUACCAGUUGGUGAUAAACCUUGUUCAAAUACUGGUAUGUGGAUUGUGGAGCCGCAAAUAGGCUUAGGGGGAGGGAGAAUUACUUCGGUGAUACAUGUAGACAGUAUCCUACGCGGCGCACAUCUAAUAGAUUUCACGGACACACUCGAUGCCUUUGCUGCUUAUUAUGUUAACAAAUUUAUCGAUCAUCAUGCGAAUGAAAUCGCCUUUUAA